AGCCAUUUUUAAGAUGUCGUGAUUUCGUGUUCCCUCCUACAAUUCGUUUGGAUUUGGACUACGAACCCUAACCAGUCGUCUUUUUCACACACAUCGUCGUCUUCGUCGAAUCAUUGCAGGCUAUUCUCUAUUGCUCUGUCGGUCGUCCUCUCUCAGUCUCUUUGUUGACAUGCUCGGAGCUCGCCAGCUAGAUUCGUAUUGAUGAAAAAGUUGAGUGCUGGGACUCUGUUUUACUAGACGAUAUUUGAGAUGGUGGAUGAAGAUUAUACUAGUGAGAAUGAAACACCAAUGCCUACUGGAUAUGCCCUUCCUUCCCCCACUACAGGUAAUGGUAAUAUAGAGGGUAGUACUGGAUCUACACUUCCUUCCCCAACUACAAAAGAUGCCAGUAGAGAGGGUAGGGGCAAAAAGAGAAAAGAGCUUGAGAAGAAUCAAUCAGAAGCCUUGGAUAAUUCCGUGAAACAUGCAUACAAUGAAAAGCGAUGUCGAAGAGCUCUAGCGGAGUUUAUUAUUUGUGAUGAGAUGCCAUUUUCUAUAGUUGAAAAGCAUGGGUUUAAACAACUUGUGAAAGAGCUAGAACCACAAUUUCCAGUACCUUCAAGAACAAUAGUUGCUAGAGAUUGUUGGCAAUUGUACCUUGGAAAAAUCAAGGUACUAAAGGAUGUGUUGAAGAAGUGUUCUAAUCGUGUUUGCUUGACUACAAAUUGUUGGACAUCAAAUCAAAACACUAAUUACUUGUGUUUGACUGCUCAUUUCAUUGAUCAUGAUUGGAUAUUGCAUAAGAGGAUCCUAAAUUUUUGUAUGAUUGAAAAUCUUUGUGGUCACACGAUUGGCAAGAAAGUUGAAGAGUGCUUGCUCGAGUGGGAUAUAGAAAAGGUAUUCACCAUAACUAUGGAUGACGUAACAGCAAAUGACACAGCCUUGGUGUAUAUAAAAAAGCGACUGAAGAACUGGAAGGGUUUAGUUUUUCGUGGUGAUUAUCUACAAGUUAAGUGUUAUGCACACGCACUUAAUUUGGUGGUUAAUGAGGGGUUGAAGGUAUUGAAAAAAAACUUUGAUGCCAUUCGAAAUGCUAUUAAAUUCGUCCGUUCCUCUUCAACCCGCUUCCAAAAAUUCAAAAACUAUGUUGAAUCAGAAAGAUUGAAUACCGAUAGUCUUCUUUGCUUGGAUGUCGAAACCAAAUGGAAUUCAACUUUGUUGAUGUUGGAUUCUGCUUUGAAGUUUCAGAAGGUAUUUGAAAGGAUGGAAGAGGAAGAUGAUGAUUAUUAUGCAUACUUCAGGGAAAGCUCUACUUGUGAUGGACCUCCUAGAACAAAAGAUUGGAGUAGGGCAAAUGCCUUCCUCAAAUUCUUGAGGGUUUUUUAUGGUAUAACAUUGAAGUUAUCAAGCUCCGUGGAUGUGACAUCAAGUACAUGCUUCCACCAAGUUGCUCGAAUUCAUAUGGAGUUGGAAAAAAAUAUUGUGAAUGAUGAUCCUCUUCUUAUGGACAUGUUCCUCAGUAUGAAAAGUAAAUAUGAUGAAUAUUUGGGUAAGAUAGAGAAUAUGAAUCCUUUGUUGAUAGUAGCUGUGAUUUUGGAUCCUCGUUAUAGACUUGCUUACGUCAACCAUAUAUUUGAAAAGCUUUUUCUUGACUCUAAAGUUUGUAUGGCCGUGAAAAAGAUGGCCAAAGAUGCCUUGUAUCGUAUGUUUGAUGUGUACUAUGCAGGAAUUUUUCCUCAAACAAGUAGUAGUACUGUCAAUACACCUCAUUCUUCAGGGUCAUCAAGUACAUUUGAUGAGGAUAUAGAUCCACACCGCGGAUGGUUAGGCUUUUUGGAACAAGAAAGAUCUUCCAAUCCUCACUCAGAGCUGGAUAGAUACUUGACAUCUUUUUCAUUUGAUGAGAUUCCUAUUGGAGAUGAAUUUGAUAUAUUAUCAUGGUGGAAAGCUAAUUCUGGUAAAUAUAAUGUGCUCUCUUUGAUGGCACGUGAUGUACUUUCUAUGCCCAUUUCUACUGUGGCCUCUAAUUUGACAUUCAACAUCGGGGGACAUAUAGUUGACUCUUAUAAGAGUUCAUUAUCACCGAGGAUGACUGAAGCACUUAUCUGUGCCCAAGAUUGGCUACUUCCCGGGCAAUCUCUCUCAAAAUCUGUCUCUAAACUUCUUGAGUUUGACAAUUUUGAGGAGACGGAUAAAGUUGUCCAUUCUAGUGAAGCUUUUAGAUAUGCAUGGCAACUUAAUUGAUUGCUUAAUCUUGAUAUAUAUAUAUAUAUAUAUAUAUUUGGAUGCUUCAAGUGUAAUCAAUGGUGGAGAGGAUUAUGGAUGAGCAUUAGUUGAUGUCAAAUGGCUCAUUUGGCCCCUUUCUAUGUUUGAAUUUUUUGGAUCUUUCGGUCUUGCUAUGUUUGCAUGGUUUCUUUGUAAUGCCAGUUAGUUGGCUACUUGGUUUAUUAAGUUGAAUGGGCCUUGUUAGAUUAUGUAGUUGAUUUUGUGGUUUAUUGUGUUUGAAAGUUAAAUGGAUGGCUCUUGUAAUUGAUGGUGGAUUAUAUUGAUCUAGGUUAUUUUAUUUUUUCCUAAUUGUUUUAGUUUAUUACUUAGGAUUAUUAAUGUUAUUUCAUGGUUUCAUAAAUAAUCAUGUUAAUGUAGGUUCUUGUAUUUUGCCUAGUUGUUGAACUAGGUGUAUGUAACUUUUUGAAAUCAAAUCAAUUUGUUGGUGGUAUGUUUCUUGUUUGGUGCAAGAUCAGGUUAUAUCAAGUUGUUUUAAUCUUUCUUUUAAUGAUAGUAAUCAAUUGUAGCUCAGAGUUUGCAGUGGGGACUUCCUCUACACCGCCACCAAUAUUCUCCUUUCCAUUUUGUUGAUCUUCCAUCAGAACACAUUGCUCGAAACAAUGUCAACUGAAGUGGGUUUUGGUUUUACACCUUUGUUCCCAUUGCUUUUGAUCUAGGUUUCAUAAGGUUUAAUUUUGUGCUUCCAAUAAGUUUUGUGGGUUUGGUUUGACUUUUAUUUUUUCCAGAAAUUAUUGGUAUACUUGUAAAGGGAAUAUAUGAGUGGCGGGGAGGAGGUAAUUAUGAGGAAUUGAAGGAUUCCAUCUUGAAAUACCCAGAUGACAGGAAGUUGCUGUGCUUAGAUUCUAUUAGCGCUUUCAAUAUUACUGUUGAUAGCUUUGGGAAGGUCAUUAGCCUCCAGGAGCAAAAAGAAGUUGUUCAAGGACUUUCAUGUAUUCCUUUCAAGGGACAAGUUAAAAACUCCUGAUCACAACUUCUAGCUAGUGGAAACUGAUGAUUAUGGAUCUAACAAUGGCCUCCCUCCAAUUGUCCAAAAGUGAAUCUUCUUUGGUCGUGAAAUUGGUGGUGCUGAUUGGAAGCUUACUGCUUAUACCUACAUAUCAAUCGAAAAGCCACAAUUAUCUUGGGCCAACAGCCAUGGAUGCUGAAAUGGCCUUUCUAAUGGCCAACCAAGCACUUGCUACACCAGGGAAACUGAUAUAGAACCUUUUUGUUGGGGCUGGAAGCAUUUUUGUUGCUGAAGCCCAUUUUAAAGCAAUGACCAUGGGUUCUGACAUUGACAUCAGGGUAGUUAGUACGUGAUCGGCAUUGACCUGACUGUAAUGUUUGGAGUAAUUUUAAGCAGUACGGAUUGCCUAUGCCAAUAUCUCUAUUAAGGAUUGACAAUAACCUUCCUCCCUGGCGUCAAGGGCUAAAAGAGUUUCAGGAGAGAAAGUGAACAAGUCAAAAUCUUCACUUUUCUUUUCCAAGAAUGCAAGUGCAGAUCUGAAAGGAAGAGUCAAGAGGAUAGCUGGAAUGAAUAUUUCCUUGGAUGUUGGUAGAUAUUUGGGUUUCCCCCUAACUGAUGAUCGUAGAUCAACAGAUAAAUUUCAACAUGUAAUUGAUAGAGUCAGAUCCAAGCUAGCUGGGUGGAAGACAAGUUGCCUCUACCCCUGGACGUUUAGUUCUUGCAAAGUCUGUUCUAAAUGCUGUGCCUUUGUAUCCUAUGAAAGUUGCAAAAAUCCCAACCACAGUUUGUAAUGAGAUUGAGAGACCUCGAAGGGACUUUAUUUGGGGAAGUACUAACUCAAGAAGUUUUCAUCCUCUUAGUUGGUGCAAGAUCACGCUUCCAAAAGCCUAUGGAGGACUUGGUUUUAAAAAGCUCUCCAGUUAACAAAGCUUGUGGUACUAAACUUGCAUGGAAGCUGAUUUCUAGUAACAACGGUCUUUGGGCUGAUCUUUUGCAACGAAAGUAUAUGCUAUGUUCAGAUGAGGAGUUAUUGAACACUAAGCAGAGUGAUUCAAGGCUAUGGAAGUUAUUCAUAUGCCAGCAUAAGGACUGUGGAAGAAGGAACCAGGUGGCAGCUACAUAAUGGAGAAUCAAUUAAUUUCUUUAAAGAUAUUUGGCUAUUUCCUUAUAAAAAGAUUGAAGAUUUGUGCUGACACCUCUCUGAAGAGGAGGAAAACUCGAGAGAUAUUUAAUGUUGUGGAAUGGCAUCAUUGAUAGCUCUUUUAUUUAAUUUUAUUUUUUGAUGAA